AAGUUUCCACCUUUGUUAUACUUCCUCUGUUCCUCUUCUUUCAUCUUCAAGCAAACCUCAAAACCAAUCCUUUAUUACCAAUAUUCUCAGUUUCUCACUUGGGUCUUCUUCUCCAACAUCAAAACCCAAGAAAAUGAGAAACUUUCGCAAAACCUCACUUUCUCUUCCUCUGUUUAUCUUCUUCUUCCUCUAUGAAUCUUCCAUAGCUGCAGAUACACUCAGAAGAGGUGAAUCUUUAAGAGACGGUCUAAAUCACAAACCUUUAGUCUCUCCAAAAAAGACAUUCGAACUCGGUUUCUUCAGUCCUGGAAGCUCCACGCGUCGUUAUCUAGGGAUUUGGUACGGGAACAUUGAAGAUAAAGCUGUGGUAUGGGUAGCAAACAGAGCAAGUCCAAUUUCAGACCAAUCUGGAGUUCUUACGAUAAGCAACGACGGGAAUCUCGUGUUAUUAGACGGGAGAAACGUCACAGUCUGGUCUUCAAACAUCGAAUCAAGCACUAACAACAACAACAAUAACAACAGAGUCGUUUCUAUACUUGAUACUGGGAACUUUGUUUUGUCUGAAACCGACACAGAUAGAGUUAUUUGGGAGAGUUUCAAUCACCCAACGGAUACAUUUUUACCUCAGAUGAGAGUUCGUGUGAAUCCUCAAACCGGAGAUAAUCACGCUUUUGUCUCAUGGAGAUCUGAGACUGAUCCUUCUCCUGGUAAUUACUCAUUAGGGGUUGAUCCUUCUGGAGCACCAGAGAUUGUGCUUUGGAAAGGAAACAAGACGAGGAAAUGGAGAAGCGGGCAAUGGAACUCCGCGAUUUUUACGGGGAUUCCAAAUAUGUCUCUGUUAACGAAUUAUCUUUAUGGGUUCAAGCUUUCUUCUCCUCCAGAUGAAACAGGUAGCGUGUACUUCACGUAUGUUCCUUCGGACUCGUCGGUGUUGCUUAGGUUUAAGGUUCUUUAUAAUGGUACUGAAGAGGAGUUGAGAUGGAAUGAGACUUUGAAGAAGUGGACUAAGUUUCAGUCUGAGCCAGAUAGUGAGUGUGAUCAGUAUAAUCGUUGUGGCAAGUUUGGUAUUUGUGAUAUGAAGGGCUCUAAUGGAAUCUGUAGUUGUAUUCAUGGUUAUGAGCAAGUUUCUGUAGGGAAUUGGAGUAGAGGUUGUAGAAGAAGAACACCGUUGAAGUGUGAGAGGAACAUUAGUGUUGGAGAGGAUGAGUUCUUGACUCUGAAAUCUGUGAAGUUGCCUGAUUUUGAGAUUCCUGCACAUGAUCUUGUUGAUCCUGCGGAUUGCAGAGAGAGGUGUCUGAGGAAUUGUUCUUGCAAUGCUUAUUCUCUUGUUGGUGGUAUCGGAUGCAUGAUUUGGAACCAAGAUUUAGUUGAUCUACAGCAGUUUGAAGCUGGUGGAUCUUCGCUUCAUAUCCGUCUUGCUGAUUCCGAAGUAGGGGAGAACAAGAAAACAAAGAUUGCGGUGAUUGUAGCGGUUCUUGUUGGUGUGGUUCUGGUAGGAAUCCUAGCUCUGCUUUUAUGGAGAUUCAAGAGAAAGAAAGAUGUUUCAGGAGCAUAUUGUGUUAAGAACACAUCGGUCGUUGUUGCUGAUAUAAACAAGAGCAAAGAAACCACUUCGGCGUUUUCAGGAUCAGUGGACAUAAUGAUUGAAGGAAAAGCUGUUAACACAUCUGAGCUACCUGUCUUUUGUCUCAAUGCUAUAGCCGUAGCUACUAAUGAUUUCUGCAAAGAUAAUGAGCUCGGAAGAGGCGGAUUCGGACCAGUCUACAAGGGUGUUCUUGAAGAUGGACGUGAGAUAGCUGUGAAGAGAUUGUCUGGUAAAUCUGGACAAGGAGUUGAUGAAUUCAAGAAUGAGAUUAUUCUCAUAGCGAAACUUCAACAUCGGAAUCUUGUGAGGUUACUUGGAUGUUGCUUCGAGGGAGAAGAGAAAAUGCUUGUUUAUGAGUAUAUGCCUAACAAGAGCUUAGAUUUCUUCCUCUUCGAUGAAACGAAACAAGCGUUGAUUGACUGGAAACUGCGAAUCUUUGGUGGAAACCAAAAUGAAGCUAACACGGUUCGCGUAGUUGGAACUUACGGAUACAUGUCUCCAGAAUACGCGAUGGAAGGACUUUUCUCGGUGAAAUCCGAUGUUUACAGCUUCGGUGUCUUGUUGCUUGAGAUUGUAAGUGGGAAGAGGAACACAAGUCUUCGAUCUUCUGAACAUGGAAGCCUCAUUGGUUAUGCUUGGUAUUUGUAUACUCAUGGGAGAUCAGAGGAGCUUGUGGAUCCAAAGAUCAGGGUUAUGUGCAAUAAGCGUGAGGCAUUGAGGUGCAUACACGUAGCGAUGCUGUGUGUUCAAGAUUCGGCUGCGGAGAGACCGAACAUGGCUGCAGUUUUGCUCAUGUUAGAGAGUGACACAGCGACGCUAGCUGCGCCUAGAGAGCCAACGUUUACUUCCAACAGAAGAAACUCUAUUGAUGUCAACUUUGGUCUUGAUUCGAGCCAACAAUACAUUGUUUCUUCUAAUGAGAUCACUUCUACGGUUGUUCUUGGAAGAUAAGAUUCUUUUGUAAAGUCUUUUUUUUUUUUUUUACAAUUGUUGUGAAAACGUAUAGUUUUUUUUGGUUGGUUAGGAUAAUAGAAUAUUGGUUGUUGA